CUGCAGUACCCAGAGCAGCACACCAGCCUCCUCAAGUCCAUCUCUCUCUCCAGUUCUGAGAACUACCUCUCCAUCAAGUAAGACUGACGCCAUCUCCAGCACUAGACGCCUUAAUUCAUCUCUCUGUACUCCCCUGAUUUUUUGGGCACCGCGUUCAACGACUCGCGCCUUGCAAUGACUGAUGCUGCAGAACCUCAAUGGUUGAAUUCCUUGAACCAGAAUCAGCUCAAAGCGGUUCAGCGGCCAGCUGAUGGUAGUCUCCAGAUCCUAGCUGGACCGGGAAGCGGCAAGACUCGUGUAUUAACUUAUAGAAUUGCGUACCUGUUGAGGAAAUGCGGGAUCUCUCCUCCCUCAUUGGUCGCUGUGACGUUCACCAACAAGUCGGCCAAAGAGAUGCAGCACCGUCUGGCAGCACUGAUCGGUGGCUCACUAGCCAGUGAAGUGAUCUUGGGCACUUUCCAUGGGAUGUGCGUGACCUUCCUGCGAAAACAUGGAAGCAAGAUUGGAUUGAGACCGAACUGGGUGAUCUGCGACCGUGAUCAACAGCUGCAGUACGGAAAAAGUGCUCUCAACGACCCUCAAUUCUCCGAGCAAGUCCAAGAUCAAUCCAUCAAGCCCAAAACCGUUGUGGAAGCGAUCUCGAAAGCAAAAUCCCAAGGCUACUCACCCGAAGAAAUGCUUCGGCAGGCCGAAACUUCCUACCAAAAACUUAUGGCUGCAUUAUAUCGGUCUUAUACAGACCUGCUCCAUGCGGAUAACUGUCUGGAUUUUGAUGACUUAUUGUUGCUUGGUGAAAAGUUAUUCCGGUCUCAUCCCACCAUCAUUGCUCACAUCCAACACGUAUUGAUCGACGAGUUUCAAGACACAAAUACCGUCCAAUACGAGAUAAUGAGACUCCUUGCGCACCGUGGUGCUGUCACGGUUGUGGGCGAUCCUGAUCAGGGAAUUUAUGGCUUCCGCUAUGCACAAGCUAUCAAUCUAGAGAAGAUGACCAAAGACUUCCCUGGUACUCAGGUUGCCCUACUGGAAGAGAACUACCGCUCCAGCUCAUCCAUCCUCAAAGCAUCUCUUGCUGUUGUUCAACAAGACAACGAGCGAAUCGAUAAGAAUCUGUACACCAGCCACCCGCGGGUUAGUUCACCGAUGGUGCGACCGUUUUCCAACCCAAUCGAAGAAGCUGCCUUUAUUGCACAAGAAAUACAUCGUUUGGUCGCACACACUGGCGGCCAACUGGACUAUAAUGAUUUCUGUAUCUUGAUGCGCUAUAAUGCACUGAGUCGUAAUUUAGAAACUGCCUUGAAAACUGCUAGGAUCCCAGUCCGUAUGAUUGGUGCUCAAAAGUUUUUUGAGCGCGUCGAAGUCAGAGACAUCCUUGCCUACCUCCAACUUGCUGAUAACCCAACCUUUUCCCCAGCCUUUGAGCGGGUCAUCAACACUCCUCGACGAAAGCUUGGUCUGGCCGCCAUUAACGCUGUCAAGGCUGCCUCCGCAACUCACAAAAUCAGCCAGAUGGAAGUCCUAGUUCGAGCCGUGCGAGGUAAGCGUUUCGCCGGUAUACAGCCUGCCCAGACUGAAACCUUCAGGAAGUUUGUCUCUAUAAUAUGCAAUCUUCAGGCGAUGGCACAAGGGGGCUGUCCCGUUGCCGAAAUUAUUGACAAUCUGGUGGAGCGAAUCAAUUACGCAGAUCAUCUCCAAAAAACGUACGGACCUGAUGCAGUGCAACGAGAUCAAAAUAUACAGGAAUUAAAAGCUUUUGCAACUCACCUUGCCAAAGAAUCUCAAGCAACAUCCAAUUCGCUACCCUUAUCUCAACUCUCUCAUGUCGAAGAACUUCAUAGGUCACCCGUCAAACCGCCUAAUCGUCCCAUUUUCACCAUGUCUGAUACAGAUUUGGAUCGGCUGGAAUCAAUGUUUAACACAGAAAACAUCAGCCUUCCUGAUGACAUUGUUGAGGAAAUUACACCAUUGAGACAAUUCCUGGUUGAAUCGAGCUUGUCGACGGACACCGAUACACAGGAGUCUAAGGAUGACAAUAACCAACCUAGGGUGACUAUCACCACGUGUCACUCGUCGAAAGGGCUUGAAUGGCCCGUAGUUUUUGUGAUUGCCGCCGAAGAUGGCAUCUUCCCAUUUUACCGCUGUAGCGAGCCGGAAGAAGUCAGGGAAGAGAGGCGUCUAUUAUUCGUAGCUAUGACUCGAGCGCAAGGCCUUCUAUAUCUUACACAUUCAGUUGAGCGGAUGCAAGGAGCGGAGACUCGUUCCCAGGAGGUUUCCAUCUUCCUCAAAAAGUUAAUCAAACAGAGCUCCGAUAAAGCCUCUCCCCUUGAUUGCAUCUUCACUCCAAAGCUCCCGGAAGUUGACUCAAGACUACGUCAAGAGUUAUCAGCUGUGAUCGGACGCCCGACAGCACCGGAUGAUGUUAUCAAAAGUAGAAUUGAAGAGUAUGAAUCAAAAGAAAGAAAGACUUUUACCAUUCCUGAUCCGAGUGGAAAGAGGUUUAGCUACCCAGGUAGCUCGCAGGAAAGCAAACAAAAUUACAAUCGUUGGGCACAGAAUCGGGGACCAACUCAAAUAGGUCGCUUUUCAUCAUCAGGGGUCAAACCAGCUGCCAAUGUUCCUCUUCGUGGCUCUUUUCGAACAACGUCUGGGCCUCCCACAUUUACUUCAGCGGCAAAUUAUGACCCUAACGCUCAAGGAAGUGGCAACACCUCUAAGCCACUGAUCAAUGGGAGCACUGGGAAGUUUUCUAGCAAGCCACUCAGGACAUUAUCACAGCCAACCCAGCCCGUGAAAGUGUCAACCUUACACAAGCCUUUCGUCCCACCCAAGUCACAAAUUUCUAGCCAAGAACCGAUUGUAGUGAAGACUGAACAGCCGCCUUCUUCGAGCUGUCCUCCGAGCAAUCCGGCAACCGGGAAUAGAUCUUUGGAUAGAUUGAAGGCGAUAUCCAACGAGUUUAUCGCUGACCUCAAGGAUAACAUUCCUGAGGGCCUGUUCGAUGAUCUGUCUGACUUUGAGGAUCCUAUCAAGCCAGAACCUUCUACUUCAACCAAGCCAGAUCCGGCCCCGGGACGCAAGCGCCGCAAAGCGGCUGGGCGUCCGGCUAAAUCCAAGAAAAAGACUGCGGCACCAGCCAAGAAAAAGUAAGGUUUAUCAACUUUAGGGUGCUUGAUUGCUACAAUAAUUCCAAGCCAUGUCUAUCGAACUUGGGUAGAACCAGUAUCAAUCUACCUUCUUUUCAAACUCAUGGGUGAGUGGUGUAGACCACCCCCGACUUGAUCUUUCAACAAGCUAUGACUAUUCUAGAGGACAAUUCAGUUAUCGAAUCUUGUCGGCAGUAGUGAUCACUUUUCUCAAGACGGUUUCAAAAAAAAAAAAGGCACUCAUCGUGCUAUUCGAAUUUGCGCUUAGAUUUCCUUGGUGAUCGUUUUGUUGUUUUCUGCUUCUAAAUCAAUUCUGUGUAUGUACUACGGCUUGGAAUGUUUGUAUCUUCUCUACUUGAACGUGAUUCUUGGUAGUUAAAUGAUACAAUUUCCUGA